AAAAACCCAAAGCAAACAACAGGUUGCCAGCCCGAGCGUCACGUUCAAGACUCGAGAGGGAGGGAGGGAGAGGGAAGCCCCAGCCGCGGAUCCGACGGGCAGCGAGAGGCCGGGCGAAGGAGGGGGCGAUGGCUCGGCCUGACCCGUCCGCGCCGCCUUCGCUGCUGCUGCUGCUGCUGGCGCAGCUGGUGGGCCGGGCAGCGGCCGCCUCCAAGGCCCCCGUGUGCCAGGAAAUCACGGUGCCCAUGUGCCGGGGCAUUGGCUACAACCUGACGCACAUGCCCAACCAGUUCAACCACGACACGCAGGACGAGGCGGGCCUGGAGGUGCACCAGUUCUGGCCGCUGGUGGAGAUCCACUGCUCGCCGGACUUAAGGUUCUUCCUGUGCUCCAUGUACACGCCCAUCUGCCUCCCUGACUACCACAAGCCGUUGCCACCGUGCCGCUCCGUGUGCGAGCGCGCCAAGGCCGGCUGCUCGCCGCUCAUGCGCCAGUACGGCUUCGCCUGGCCUGAGCGCAUGAGCUGCGACCGCCUCCCGGUGCUGGGCGGCGACGCCGAGGUGCUGUGCAUGGAUUAUAACCGGAGCGAAGCCACGACCGCCUCCCCCAAGUCCUUCCCAGCCAAACCUACCCUCCCCGGGCCGCCGGGGGCGCCGUCUUCCGGAGGUGAGUGCCCCUCGGGAGGCCCGUCCGUGUGCACGUGCCGCGAGCCCUUCGUGCCCAUCCUGAAGGAGACACACCCGCUCUACAACAAGGUGCGCACGGGCCAGGUGCCCAACUGUGCGGUGCCCUGCUACCAGCCGUCCUUCAGCCCGGACGAGCGCACGUUCGCCACCUUCUGGAUCGGCCUGUGGUCCGUGCUGUGCUUCAUCUCCACGUCCACCACCGUUGCCACCUUCCUCAUUGACAUGGAGCGAUUCCGCUACCCGGAGCGCCCCAUCAUCUUCCUGUCCGCGUGCUACCUGUGUGUGUCACUGGGGUUCCUGGUGCGCCUGGUCGUGGGCCACGCCAGCGUCGCCUGCAGCCGCGAGCACAGCCACAUCCACUAUGAGACCACCGGCCCUGCGUUGUGCACGGUCGUUUUCCUGCUAGUGUACUUCUUUGGCAUGGCCAGCUCCAUCUGGUGGGUCAUCCUGUCGCUCACCUGGUUCCUGGCGGCCGGCAUGAAGUGGGGCAAUGAAGCCAUCGCAGGCUAUGCCCAGUACUUCCACCUGGCCGCCUGGCUCAUCCCCAGUGUGAAGUCCAUUACGGCGCUGGCACUGAGUUCCGUGGACGGGGACCCGGUGGCCGGCAUCUGCUAUGUGGGCAACCAAAACCUCAACUCGCUGCGAGGCUUCGUCCUAGGCCCGCUGGUGCUUUACCUGCUGGUGGGCACGCUGUUCCUUCUGGCGGGCUUCGUGUCGCUCUUCCGCAUCCGGAGCGUCAUUAAGCAGGGCGGCACUAAGACGGACAAGCUGGAGAAGCUCAUGAUCCGCAUCGGCAUCUUCACCCUCCUCUACACCGUGCCAGCCAGCAUCGUGGUGGCCUGCUACCUGUAUGAGCAGCACUACCGGGAGAGCUGGGAGGCCGCCCUCACCUGCGCGUGCCCGGGACCUGACGCUGGCCAGCCGCGCGCCAAACCUGAGUACUGGGUGCUCAUGCUCAAGUACUUCAUGUGCCUGGUGGUGGGCAUCACGUCGGGGGUCUGGAUCUGGUCCGGCAAGACCCUGGAGUCUUGGCGGCGCUUCACCAGCCGCUGCUGCUGCAGCUCCCGGCGGGGCCACAAGAGCGGUGGCGCUAUGGCCUCUGGGGACUAUGCGGAGGCCAGCGCCGCGCUCACCGGCAGGACCGGGCCGCCUGGCCCCGCCGCCGCCGCCUACCACAAGCAAGUGUCUCUGUCGCACGUAUAGGAGGCCUGGAGGCCUAGGCCGAGGCCUAGGGACAGCGCUGGGAGUUGAAGGAGAGGGUUAUUUUGCUUGCUAGCUUUGUGAAGGUCACUUCCGUUUACCUUCUUGGUGCUGAAGCCCCUCCCUGAGCGGGCUUGGACAGUUUCAAGAGAGUAUCUACCUGCCCCCAGUAUUCUACCGGGGCUCAGCUCCAGUGCAGCGCGUUCUGGUUUGCGUUUCUUACUGCCUUCUUUAGAAGUUCCCUGUUUUUAACUUAUAUGUAUUUUAAUUUUUUAACUUGGUUGCAUUUUGGCAACAAAAUUUACCUUUGCUUGGGGGGGGGGCUUCACAAUCCUCAAGCUGGCACUGUAAUGAGGUUACCAUUGGUUCAGGUUUCUUGCUUUUUUUUGGACUGUGUGGUCUAAAUUGGGAAAAAACAUCUCUUUUACUUGUCUUUUUUUUUUUAUGUGAACAGUGAAAGGCUGCUGUGACUGGGAAGGUGUAGAGUGUUUUGUGUUUUUCUUUUUAGCCACUUUCUCCUUACAUUGUCUAAAACGUCCAAGACACUUGGAGGCUAGAGGCCAUCUGCUCUUUCUCUGUCUAGCCCCAAGUCUUCCCCAUGAUGUAGUUAGGACUAUCCCCAAGUGACAAGGUGAGGGGGCUAGAGGUUUUGUGAGCCUCCUUAACCUGGCUCAGCAAGAGUUGAGCUCUUUUCAGCCGGCUGCCGUCAUUUUUAUUCCUGAAGGAGCCAGCGUCGUGUCCUGAAUACGUUAGAGGUAGCAUUAUAGUGCUGGGCGUAAACAUUGGCCAUAGUGAGUGAGAGCCUGAGGGAUGGCUGAUGGAUGAGUGAAUUCUGAACUGGUGAGGUGGUGAGCUUUGUGCCUGAGGGGGAGUGGGUGGUUCUUCAUAAGCCCCAGUGAUCCCUUAUUGUUUAAAAAUACAAAAAAAAAAAAAAAAAGACACAACAAAAAACUUGUGCUACAAAUUUCAGUAAAAAUAAACCCGCUCCCUUCUUCUGGAAGUACUUAAUAAAGGGGGCUCUCUUUUUAGAUUAAUGGACAAAAAACGGAUAUGCUUCCAGUAAUUAAAGUAAAUUCCCAUUGCUUAUCUGCUCCUCCUACCCCACCUCCUUUAUCGUGUUAAACAGUCGUUCUUGCCUUUCUCAUUCCUCCUCCUGGAGAGCCAUGAUUAGAAGCCACACCCACCCUCCAAUGAAGUGCUCCAACUGGGGGAAGGAGGCCAGUUACCUGGGAACAAACGUUGGCUGGGUGGAGGGAAGACCAGUGUCCCUGAAUUCGGGGCUAGUUUAAAGCCAGAUACUCCCCAAAGCAGCAACGCCUGCCCUGGGCGUCUCUGAAAACAGACAAGCCUCACAACUUAAGCUUUGUAGUAGGGAUCAGUACAGUGCUACGGCAGGACAGACCGCCUCGCUUUCUUUUCCUCUUCUGAGAGAGCCUGUAUAGUUGGCGGGCACCCCACUCACACAGGUUCCCUGCUAUUAGAGAAGCCUGUUUGCUCUUCUAAUCUGUUUAACAAUUCAUUCGCUAAGAGUGUGAGGCCAUUCCUGGGAAAGGAACGACGCUGUAUCAGCCAGCAAGUCCCAGGGACGAAGACAAGAGUGGGGACUAAACUUAGGGAGCUAAAAUGGUCAAGCAAUUACAGCUCCACAAAGCUUCCGUAGAAAAACAGCUGGAGUCUAGGCAUGCUGGUUUUCAUUUGCAGCAGCUGGGGGUGGGGAGGGUGGGAGCUAAGCCUGAGUCAGCUUUACCUCCCAGGUACUGAGUGGAGAAAUGCAUAGUUGCCACUGGGAAUUUAAAUGCUUAAGACUCCUAAGUCUUAAGGCUGCCCAGAAGCCUCACAUUUGUAAAAGGCACUGCCCUCGAUCACUUCUGCUUGAAUCAAAAUGAACAUUUCAGUGGCUUCCACAAAACCUCAUCCAGGUAGCUGCAAAACUACCUGUGUGUCUUAUUCUAUGUAUUCACAGGCCUCUGCCGGGAACCUCAAUUGACUCCCUGUCUCUGCACCAUUUCUCCUGUCUUUUAAAUGAGGCCCUUUUCUUAUCACCUUGACCUCUCGGCUUCUUUAGCUUGUCUUCCCGGAAUCUGCUGCCAGAGUCAGCUGUGCCUAGUUCGGGUUGUUCCCUCUUCACAAACAAAGUUGUGAAGGAAUCUAGAAAAGAUGUUGUGGGAUGAAGUGGGUGAAAGUGAUACAAUUCAUUUUUAAAAAUUAUUUUUUUCAUCUUAGCAACGUGCCAAAGCUGAAAAAAGAAAAAAGAACAAUACCCUUUGAAAAAUAAGGAAGUUGAAACAGAUGGGAUGCCAAGGCUGUGGUGUAGGGGCUGUGCAGGUAACACCUUUGGAAGAAGCUUCAGAAAUCUGUCUUGUUUCUGUUCUCAUCUUUGCACUCCCCUUUUCUUGUACCCUAAGAGGGACAAAGAGGAAGCCCACCUGUUUCCAGGAAGUCAGCAUGAGCCUCUGGCCAGCCUAGGGGAGGGAAGAGGGAAGCUGCAUGUCCAGAUGGUUACCCCCUCUUUCCACCACGCAUUUUCCUCUGCUUUGCAUAUCUGCUGUGAUAACAAUACGUGAAAUGAGAAGCUGUGGGGUAGUUGAGCAACUUAUGCCAGCUUUGUGUCCUGGGGAGGACUUAGAAGGCUGGUUUCAGCUGUAGGGUACUUGUCUUAGGCCACUCCUUCACCUCUGUGAGCAUUGGGAUACUUCACAGGUCAAAGGGUGACAAUUUAGAUAUGGGACCUCGGUGACUCUGACAGCCAAAUAUUAGAAAAGUUUGGUUUUUUUUUUUUUUUUAUUUUUUUAAUUUUACAUUAUUUCCCACCUCACAUUUUGGAAUUGUCUAAAUUGGAUGAAAUCAAUUUUCUUGGUGCCUUAUUGGUUUAUUCUUGUAACCCCUUUGUCAUAGCUUCAUGUGACCAUUCCCAGUGACCAGGGCCUGUGUGUGUAUGCCUUGUAAUUGUGUGCAUGUACAAGCUUAAAUGAUGUGCCAAUGGCACUGGUUCUAAAAUAGUAUUCAUUAGGUUGUUCCCCCCUGGUCUAGGGCAGCACUAAUGUUGACACUGGCUUCCAAGAGAAAACGUCAUAGACCGUACAUCCGUACAUCGAGCCUUAAUGACAGCAUCCGUGACCUGCACUGGCUUGUAGAAUGGGAACCCCCAGAGCUAGGGAGCGUAGUUGUAUAUUUCAAUGAACUGCUACCCCUGCUAAAGAAGCUAAAGAAGACCAAGGGGGGUAGAAGAGACAAAGCUUUGAAUAAGUGCUUUCUAACAUCAAAAGUGGCAAACGGGACUGAGCACAUCACAAUUCUAGGCAGGUGUGAGGUACAGUGGCUAAGAAUUGCCUGCUGCCUCUUGGUGCCCUUUCUUGUCUCCAAAGUCCAAUCAAGUGAUCCUGGGUAAGGUGAAGGGUAGGUAGGCAGGAUGUAACUAACCUCUUUCAAACUCUCAGAGCCUUCUGGUAGCUUGAUGAUAAUUGCAGGAUUUAUUUCAUCCAGGAUAAUGUCUGUGUGUGGUACAUCGUUUUAAAAGAAUAUUAAUUCAUUUUGUUACAAACUAUGUAUAGUAUGUAUGUUUUGUGGAUGUGUAUAUACGUAAUAUAUAUUAUAUAUAUAUAUAUAUAUAUAUAUGAGAGAGAGAGAGAUUUAGUGACUUUUGAUACGGGUUGGUGCAGGUGAAUUUAUUACUGAGCCAAAUGAGGCACAUACCGAGUCAGUAGUUAGAGUCCAGGGCAUUCAGUGCUGUGUAUGAUUUGCAUACAUGUGUAGUGCCUAUCCCAUGCAGUAAGAAUCAUCGCUGUCAUGCCAUAUCCAGCACUCACAAGUCAGAGCCAGCAAUAUUUUAUUUGUAGACAAUCAGCUUGAAGCUAUAGAUUACGACUAAAGUGAUUCUGAAUCUGUAACACUAGCAACAGGAAACUCAGAGCAUCCUGAAGAGAGUUUGGUUUGGUUUUGUGCCUGGGAGUCAGUACAACAGCAGUUGUGUUUAGUCUCAAGAUCCUUAACUUGUUGACUUUAUUAUUUUGAAGAUUUUUUUGUAUUAUAUUUGUGGGAAGGUAAAAUAAUGGUUUAAGAUUUUUAUCAAAUAUGGAGAUUAGUUAUUUAUGAAAAACAAAGAAAUGUCUAUUUUUGUUUCUUUGUUCCCAAUUAAUGUAGAUAACUUUUUAAAAUGCAUUAAAGCAAUGGUGAAGAAAA